CGCGAGUCGGCCGUCACCUCCUCGCGCAGUCAGUGUUUGCAUUCACAUGCAAAUCGGACCUCAUAAAUGCCCCCUCGGUCCCACACUCCGCACAACACACGCCUUGCUCGUUAGCGCGGUGCGCACGCCUUUGUUUUGCACGCGGCUCGCCGGCCAUCUGUCCCAUUCACGAGCCGUAACGGCGCUGCGUGUUUUGAGCGCGCUCCACUUUUACUCCAGUUUGACCAUCCCAAUAUGGCCCCCGCGUCUCGCAAUGACAAGACCGGACUGUAUAAACGGGGGGAUGACUACUGCGGGAUAACAGCAGACAGAAAGACAAGAAAGCCAUUGGUGGAGAAGAAGAGACGCGCGCGCAUCAACGAAAGUUUGCAGGAGCUGCGCUCGCUCUUAGCCGACUCGGACGCACAAACGAAGAUGGAGAACGCCGAGGUGUUGGAAAUGACCGUGAGACGUGUAGAGAGUAUUAUCCAAAGCAGAGCGAGAGCUGACAACACGAGCCGGGAGGCGCGAGAGCGAUUCGCCGCUGGAUACAUACAGUGCAUGCACGAGGUGCACACGUUCAUCUCCAGCUGUCCAGGAAUCGAUGCGUCGAUUGCGGCGGACCUACUGAAUCAUCUCCUGGAAUGCAUGCCUCUGAACGACGAGGGCCGCUUCCAUGACAUGCUGUCCGACCUGCUGGAAUCUGGUAGCGGCGGCGCUUGGCCAGGGGCAGGGAGUGAGGCCGGCGGCUCUUCGGGUCUUUCUCCGUCUGGCUAUGAUCUGUCUUCGGACAGCGACGACACGGAUACCGAGCGCAGCCACUUUUCGGUGGACACCGUGCAUAGCCGGGACGUUCAGGACGCGCCGACAACCGUCUGUCCCAAAUCUGUAUGGAGACCCUGGUAGACCGGACCGGGUCUGGGGACAUUGCUCAGUAGUCCAGUGCGUUGCGACCUGCUUUAGGCUGUGAGAUUGUAGCCGAUAUAUUAUAAGCUCUUCUUGGUGUAGCAGCCACGUUUUAGCCCGAUAGUAUUGAAACAUUUUUUUUUAUAUCAGCGUCUUCGUAUUUAAAUGUGUUGUAUAGGAUAAAUUAAGACUGUUAAGUAGUUGUUAGGUCAUUAAGAUACCUGUCUGUAUCGUACUGUAGACGAGAAUGUAAAUAUUUCUUUGUUAUUGUAGAUGUAUUAAUGAAUACGUUGUUCUCUUCAUUAAUAAACCCUUACGAUGUGUGAACAA